AUGGGGGAGAUGGGGUCGGUUUAUCAAGAGUUUUACACAGGAGGCUGCGCGCGGACCGAGGAGGAGGAGGCGUCGGGCUCGGAGGAAGGCGCGAGCUCGCUCCGCGGCAGCGGCGUGUGCAAGUGGUUCAACGUGCGCAUGGGCUUCGGCUUCCUGUCCAUGACCAGCAGGGAGGGCGCCGCGCUCGAGCCGCCCGUCGACGUCUUCGUCCAUCAGAGCAAGCUUCACAUGGACGGUUUCCGCAGUCUGAGAGAAGGAGAGCCGGUGGAGUUCACCUUUAAGAAGUCCUCGAAGGGCUUGGAGUCUCUGUGGGUAACGGGUCCUGGUGGGGCGCCAUGCGUGGGCAGCGAGAAAAGACCAAAAAGUGCCCAGAAACGCCGUUCGAAAGGGGACCGGUGCUAUAACUGUGGAGGACCGGACCACCAUGCCAAAGAAUGCCAGCUGCCCCCUCAGCCCAAGAAGUGCCAUUUCUGCCAAAGCAUGUCUCACAUGGUAGCCAACUGUCCAAUCAAAGCACAGCAGUCGUCGCCAGGGUCUCAGGGAAAGCCCAUCUCCAUGCCAGGGGAGCCAAGCCACACGCCGGACCCCCCGGAGAGCUCAGAUUGA